UUUCAUGUCUGCUGUACACUUUACAAACCGGUGACAGUUAAAGGUUAAAAUGCUGGGAAUGAGUUUACGGGAGGCAGCUGCUGCGCUGAGGCUUGGGCAAAUAAAACCUACUGAGUUGUGCCAGAAGUGUCUUUCUUUUAUCAAAGAAACAUCAUUCCUUAAUGCUUACAUAACUGUAACUGAAGACUUUGCCUUAAAGCAGGCAGCAGAAGCAGAUGAGAGAUUCAUCCAAGGCAAACCCUUGGGAGACUUAGAUGGAAUUCCUAUAGCAAUAAAGGACAACUUUAGCACAGCAGGCAUAGAGACAACCUGUGCAUCACGAAUGUUAAAAGGUUACAUUGCUCCAUAUAAUGCUACAGUUGUUCAGAAAUUAUUUGACCAAGGAGCUGUGUUUAUGGGAAAAACAAACCUUGAUGAGUUUGCUAUGGGAUCUGGGAGCACUGAUAGUAUUUUUGGGCCAGUAAAGAAUCCAUGGAGCUAUUCCAGGUCUUACAUAGACAAGACAUCAUUAAGUCACCAUGCUGCCAAGGAUGAUUCUGAUUGGGUCAUAACAGGUGGAAGCUCAGGAGGCAGUGCUUGUGCUGUAUCUGCUGGAACGUGUUAUUUAGCAAUAGGUUCUGAUACAGGAGGUUCAACUCGAAACCCUGCUUCUCACUGUGGAGUUGUGGGCCUGAAACCUACCUACGGGCUUGUGUCUCGUCAUGGUCUUAUUCCACUUGUGAAUUCCAUGGACGUACCAGGAAUAGUAACCAGAUGUGUGGAUGAUGCAGCAACUGUGCUUGGUGUGCUUGCUGGGCAUGAUCCUUAUGAUUCCACAACUAUCCAAGACCCUUUCCAGCCAUUCAGUUUACCUGAAAAAGUUGAUGUGAGAAAUGUUUGCAUAGGUAUACCAAAGGAGUACCAUGCCCCCGGUCUGUCUGCAGAAAUCUUGUCACUUUGGUCAGAGACUGCAGACUUGUUGGAAAAUGCUGGAGCCAAGGUUGUUGAAGUUUCUCUGCCACAUACGCCCUACUCAAUUGUAUGUUAUCAUGUCCUGUGCACAGCUGAGGUGGCUUCUAAUAUGGCAAGAUUCGAUGGCCUGGAAUAUGGGCACCGCUCUGAUAUUGAUGACUCAACAGAAGCGUUGUAUGCAGCAACCAGGAGAGAAGGCUUUAAUGAAGUUGUGAGAGGAAGAAUAUUGUCUGGAAACUACUUUCUUUUAAAGCGGAACUAUGAAAAAUAUUUUGUGAAGGCUCAGAAAGUUCGGCGCCUGAUAGCAGAUGAUUUUGUUAAGGUGUUUAACUCCGGAGUCCAUGUUUUGCUAACUCCGACCACACUAGGAGAUGCAGCUCCCUAUUUAGAGUUUAUCCAGGAAGACAAUAGAACUCGCAGUGCUCAAGAAGAUGUCUUCACACAGUGUGCCAACAUGGCUGGCCUCCCAGCCGUAACUGUCCCUGCGGCCCUUUCUAGUAGGGGAUUGCCACUUGGCCUUCAGUUCAUUGGCCGUGCUUUCUGCGAGCAGCAGCUCCUCACAAUCGCUAAAUGGUUUGAAAAACAAAUUGACUUCUCUCCCUUACAGUUUAACAGAGACUCGGAAAAUGGGAACAUAGUUCAGCAAUACAGUAAAUCUGCUUCCUCUGUAUAGGAAAAUAAAGAAACUCUUUAAUCAAA